CAGAUGCUAGUUUGCUUCAAAUGUCGAUCCAGCACAAGGCUGCCUCUCUCCACCCCAGAGACAACUCAUAUUCUUCUAAAACAGGUCUGAAAGGCUCAAAGUGUCACAAGCAGCUGCAUUGGGAAACAGGAUCCAUCUGCGAAAGAACAGGCACACCCCUCUGGACCACUAAGACACCGCCUCCUUCCACAAACUCCAAGAGAGUGGACCACCAGGGUAUGACGCAAGACAUCAACAGUCUUAUCCCUAAAAGCCCUGAGAAUCUACCUGUGCAAGUUCCAGUAAACAUCAGCAAAUACCCCUUUACUAUCAUAAAGGGACAGAUCAACCCAAUGGCAACAGAUUUCUGUCACUUCAAGCAGAGCUUUAUCUUGUGCUGGAGCAAUGUAGUUGAUUCUCUUGAGGCCCUGGAAAAGCUGCUCAGGGACUUUGCUGUGCCUAUAGCCAAAGUGAGCGGGGAGCGGCUAGUGGAGUUUGCCCAUAGUUGGGAUAAUGGAUGGAGAAAUGCUCCUCCAGUGAUUGGCCUUCUGUCAGUGCUUGAAAACAGGGAGGAGGUAUCGGGUCUGUUUUUACGCCCAGGUCAGCGCUACAAGGGAGAGGGAGGCAUUGAGGCGGCUGCCAUCCACAUCCAGUCCUGCUGGAGGCGCUACUUAGCCCGGACAGCCUACCUGCGCCACUGCCGCCGCAAGUGGGCGGCAGGCAUCAUCGCUAUAUCAUGGUUGAUGCACAUUCAGAUGCGUCGUGUCAGGAAGGCCCUGCAGGCCCGGCGCUUCAGACAACUGGAGAAUUUCCGCAGCAGAGCCCAGCAUCUGGCAGCCAACUGGAAACACAUCCAGUCCUCCAAGAGGACCAUUAUCCACAUCCCUUCAUUAGGAUACUCUCAGAGCCAGCGAAUGAACUCGAAGGGGUUUGACAUCCUACAGAACAUCCAAAUAAGCAGGCUGUGUGAUAUUAGAGAUGGAAAUGUGGAAGUUAUCUACGUCUGUCCGCGGCAUCUGGGGGACGACAUUUUACACUAUUACACCAGCCUCCUGAAAUGUGAUGGAGCCACUGACAUGGAUGAAACGGGGACCACACAAGCCUCAUCCUCUGUCAGACGCUUUAUCAUCCUCACACCUGAGGCUGUAGAUUAUUUCCCGACCCAUAAUAUGUGCCUGUCCACGCUGCUAAAGUACAGUCCGCGCACCUUGAAGCGCAUCAGGAACCUGAUCCAGGGGAAGAAGGCCUAUAUUGUGGGUGGAGUAGCCCAUGUGGAUGACUUGGCAGUGGCUGAUGAGCUGGGAGUGCCAAUCCUGGCUCCAGAACCAGCUAUUGCACAGCUCUACAGCACCAAGUCUGGAGGGAAGAGGAUCUUCACUGGGGCAGAGGUUGAUGUAACCCCUGGUCAAGGAGACAUCUAUUCGUUAAACCAGCUUCAUGAAACACUGGCCAGGCUUAUGACUCAAAACAUUGACGUCCAGCGCUGGCUUUUCAAGAUGGACUCUGAGCAUGGUGGCCGUGGCACAGCAUACUGUGAUACGUGCCAUCUUAGCUGCCAUAACUGGGCCCUGAAGGAAUGCCAUCGUUAUGGUCCUGAGCUGUGGAACACAGAGUGGAUUCAGGAGCCUGUACUACUUAGAUAUUUAGAUGAAAUCCCAGAGUGGCUCACCCGUUACGCCCAGCCUGUUAAAACCUCCUGCUAUCCCAACUGGGCCUGCUUCCUGAAGACCUUCCUCAGGCAAGGUGGUGUGGUGGAGGCCUACCCUCCUUCAGACAGUGUCACCUGUCUGACAGUAGAUCUGCUGCUGGAACCGGGGGGUGAGGUGACUAUGCUGUCCUGUGGAGACCAGCUUCAUGGCUCCUGUCAGCUGGCAACUAUAGGCUCCACUGUACCUCAGACCUCUGUACACCCAGAGACCUUGCAAUCCAUCUGCAUGCGUGUGGGCCAUGCCUGUCUACAGCGCCUUAUCGUAGGUUAUGUCUCCGUGGACCUGGCUACCUUUCUGAACCCCAACACCAUGGAGCAAAAGGUGUGGGCUAUUGAUCUGGACCUCACAUACAGUGACCAGCUGGCCAUGACCCAGAUGCUUCUGAUGUUGACUGGAGGAACGCUGAAUUGCCGCACAGGCUGUUUAGAAGUGCCAAUGCCAAUCAGAGAGAAAUGCUGUGAACACCAGAUUGCUGCCAAACCUCCUGUGGUUAAUCGUUAUGCAGUCAUCGGGAGCCACUUGUUUCACUCUAACCUUUCCAUGUUAUACCACAAUGUGUUCAUUAUGGUGUGCAAGGCUCAUGGUAUAGGAUUUAACAUGAAGAGGAAGCAAGGCACUAUAUUUGCUGUCUACGACAGCAGUGAGCGAUGCAAUAUUGGAAUGAUGGCAGUCUCAGAAGAUCUCCAGGGAGCACUGGUGACCUUUGCUCGGAACCUGUCAGUCAUUCAUCAGGAAAUAUCGCCCUCUAAAAUGCAAGGAGAAACCAAUUUUAAGGAGCUGAUCAAGGACAUAGAAGACAUCCUACAGAUGACUGUUCAGAACAAGAUGUGAGCAGUGGAGGAUAAACCUGCUGCUUAGACAGCUGCUUCAACAAUAAACUUGUCUUACUCUUGCUGAGUUAAGUCAACAUGUUUUUGCCAGCUUUUGCAGUCAAAUUACACUGUGAAUAUGUGAACCCUGUAGAUGAAUCAAUGUUGAUCACACACAGAUUGCUAAAUAAAUUCCCCAUUCAUAAUUA